GCAAAAAUGGCCGCCGCAGGUUUGAGAUUCGUGGAGAUCCCUCUCCGAGACACGGACGAGGUGAUUGAGUUGGAUCUGGACCAACUGCCGGAAGGGGAGGAGGUACUGAGCAUCCUGAAGCAGGAAAAUGCCCCGCUGCACACCUGGCUGGCCCUUGGGCUGGAGUACUACAAGCAAAACCAGGUGGAGGACUUCAUCAAGAUCUUCGCCUCCUGGCAGUCGGACGCCAACCUGGACUACCUGGGCAACGAGAAGGACCAAAUGACGGCGCUGGACACGCUGGCCGCCUACUACGUCCAGCGGGCCCGCAAGGAGAAGAACAAGGACGCCAAGAAGGACCUGUUCACCCAGGCCACCCUGCUCUACACCAUGGCCGACAAAAUCAUCAUGUACGACCAGAAUCACCUGCUUGGGAGGGCCUGCUUCUGCCUGCUGGAGGGUGACAAGAUGGACCAGGCUGAUGCGCAGUUCAACUUUGUCCUCAACCAAUCACAGAACAACAUCCCCGCACUAUUAGGGAAAGCCUGUAUAUCAUUCAACAAGAAGGAUUACCGUGGUGCUCUGGCAUUCUACAAGAAGGCACUCAGAACAAACCCAGGCUGCCCGGCGGCCGUUCGUCUGGGCAUGGGCCACUGCUUCAAUAAGCUGAACCGGCCUGAGAAGGCUCGGGCGGCCUUCGAGCGGGCCCUGGAGCUGGACCCCAAGUGCGUGGGGGCCAUCGUAGGGCUGGCCAUCCUGGAGAUCAACAGCAAGGCUGCGGACUCCAUCCGGACCGGCGUUCAGCUCCUUUCCAAGGCCUACACCAUCGACUCUAGCAAUCCCAUGGUGCUGAACCACCUGGCCAAUCAUUUCUUCUUCAAGAAGGAUUACACCAAGGUGCAGCACCUGGCUCUUCACGCCUUCCACGGCACGGACAAUGAAGCUAUCCAGGCCGAGAGCUGCUACCAACUGGCCCGGGCCUUCCACGUACAGAAUGACUAUGACCAGGCUUUUCAGUACUACUACCAGGCUACCCAGUUUGCAUCCACAGCAUUUGUGCUGCCUCACUUUGGACUGGGACAGAUGUACAUUCACCGCGGUGACAGCGAAAACGCCGCCCAGUGCUUUGAGAAGGUCCUGAAGGCCCAGCCUGGCAACUACGAGACCAUGAAGAUCCUGGGGUCCCUCUACGCCACCUCCUUGGAUGAGGCCAAGAGAGAGACGGCCAAGGGCCACCUCCAGAAAGUAGUGGACGAGUUCCCCGACGACGUGGAAGCCUGGAUUGAGCUAGCUCAGAUCCUUGAACUCACAGACGUGCAGGGAGCGCUGGCGGCUUACGGAACGGCCACCCGCAUCCUAAAGGAGAAGGUGCAAGCAGACGUCCCCCCGGAGAUCCUCAACAAUGUGGGGGCGCUGCACUUCCGCCUCGGCAACCUGCAAGAAGCAAAGCGCUACUACGAGGCCUCCCUCCUACAUUCCAAAGCGGAGGCGGAGCACGACGAGACCUACUAUGGGGCCAUCUCAGUCUCCGUCUCCUACAACCUGGCCCGCCUAUACGAGAGCAUGUUCCAGUUCGACAAGGCCGAGAAGCUAUACAAAGACAUCCUUCGGGAGCACCCCAACUACGUCGACUGCUACCUACGGUUGGGAUGUAUGGCCCGGGACCGAGGUCAAAUCUACGAAGCCUCGGAUUGGUUCAAAGAAGCGCUGCAGAUCAACCAGGAUCAUCCUGAUGCCUGGUCUCUCAUCGGCAACCUCCAUCUGGCCAAACAGGAGUGGGGGCCCGGCCAGAAGAAGUUUGAACGAAUCCUGAAGCAGCAGGCCACCCAGAACGACUCCUACUCCCUGCUGUCGCUGGGCAACGUGUGGCUGCAGACACUGUACCAGCCUACCAGGGACAAAGAGAAGGAAAAGCGUCACCAGGACAGGGCCCUGGCUAUGUACAAGCAGGUCCUGCGUAACGAUGGGCGAAACCUGUAUGCAGCCAACGGCAUUGGCGCCAUACUGGCCAUGAAAGGCUAUAUCAGGGAGUCUAGGGACGUCUUCUCACAGGUUCGUGAGGCCACGGCGGACAUGUGCGAUGUGUGGCUGAACCUGGCUCACAUCUACGUUGAACAGAGGCAGUACAUCAGCGCCAUCCAGAUGUACGAGAAUUGCAUCAAGAAGUUUUUCAAGCAUCACAACACGGAAGUGUUGACCUACCUGGCCAGGGCCUACAUCAAGGCCGGCAAGCUCAAGGAAUGCAAGACUUGCCUGCUCAAGGCCCGGCGGGUGGCUCCCCAUGACACCCUGAUCCUGUACAACAUCGCCCUGGUGCUGCAGCGCAUUGCCAUGGCUGUGCUGAAGGACGAGAAGAGCAACCUCAAGACGGUGCUGAGUGCCGUCUCAGAGCUGGAAACAGCCCAGCGCUACUUCACCUACCUCAGCAAGCACGGGGACCGCAUGAAGUUUGACCUGGCACAGGCCGUGGUGGAGGCUAGGCAGUGCUCAGAUUUACUGAGCCAGGCUCAGUACCACGUGGCCCGGGCACGUCGCCAAGACGAAGAGGAGCGCCUACUGAGACAACGUCAGGACCAAGAGAGAGACGCGCUCCGGCAGAAACAGCUGGAGGAACAGCGUGCCAGACAGCAGGCGGAUGAGGAACGGAGCAAGGCCCUGAUGGAGAAGAGAGCCCAGUUCAUUGAGAAGACCAAGAACAUCCUGGUGGUCACCAGUGAGCCGGAGCCGCCCCGGAAAUCCGGCGCAGGUGGCGGGGGACGACGGGGAAAGAAAACUCGAGCGGAGGUCUCCAGCGAAGGCAGUGAGAGUGAGAUGGAGACAGGAGAGGCCAAGCCCAGGAAGAAACGCAAGAAGCAGCGCAGCGACGAGGAAGGGGACAGCGAGGGCAAACCCAGGUCCAAGAAACGAAGACCCCGCAAGAGGGCAGAAGGGGAAGAGUCCGCCCCCCGCAGGCGUAAGGACCGCAGCGGCAGCCGGCCAGGGGAAGGUAGUUCCAAGAAGCGCCGGGCCAUGGCCCGAGAGGCCCGGAUCGAGGAGGAGAAGCCUGGCAAGUUCAAGUCCAAGGCCAUUGUCUCGUCCAGCGAGUCCGACUCGGAAGGGGAGAGGCUACGCAUCGACGAGGCCAGUGACAAUGAGACAUCUAGAAGUAACAAACCUGCUCCGUUCAAAAGCCGAAGUCGCAUCCGUCGUGUCAUGUCAGACUCGGAAUCCGAUGAGAGUAGAUCGGACCAACAAGACUCAGAGGACGAGGGAGGCUCCCAGACAUCUGGCUCGGAGUCAGAAGCUGCAAGGAAGCCCAGAAAACGCAAGGUGCUGCAAUCUGACAGUGAUGACGAGGCAGAAGGUCAGGGGUCAGAGGACGAAGGUCAGGGGUCAGGCAGUGAGCAACACGAGUCCGGCAGCGAGGGGGCGAGAUCAGAUCCAGAGUCUGGCCGGGAAGCAGGGUCCAGGGAUGAAGAGGAAGGGGCAGAGUCAGGAGGCGAGGGGGUGGAGUCAGGAGGCGAGGGGGUGGAGUCAGGAGGCGAGGGGGUGGAGUCAGGAGGUGAAGGGGCAGAGUCUGGUGGGGAAAGGGAGGAGUCCAUGGGAGAGAGGGAGGAGUCUGGUGGGGAAGGGCAAGGCUCAGAGGAUGGUGAAGGUUCAGGCGGGGAAGAGGUGGAGUCAGGAGGCGAGGGAGCUGAGUCUGGCAUGGAAGGGGAGGGGUCUGGCGGCGAAGAGGUGGAGUCAGCUGGGGAGGGGGAGGAGGCGGAGUCAGGAGGAGGAGCUUCGGAGAAUGAGGCUGGAGUGAGCGAUGAGGAAAGUGACUAGGAAACUUCCAACCACUUAAAGUGGAGCAAAAUUGAAUCAAAGUAUAGACAAACUCAUUCCUUUUCUUGCAAUUUAUGACAUCCACUGACACAAAGACCCAUCAUGGGUCCCAUUUACAGAGUGAAAGGCAUUUUUGAACACAUUUUGUGCAUUUAAAUACAUUGAAAAAUUCUCUCUAAUGUUGAUGUACUUGACAUAUACACCGAGUUCAAAAGAAUUUUGUACUUUACAGAAUUGGAAUACUGGAUGUAAAUGGUGAGAAAAAAGAAAAUCAUGGACAGCUGUUGGAAAAUGGUCAGAGGUUCUCUUGGAAACAAAGAAAAAUAUUCGUUUAGAGCAGGUUUUUUUUUUUUUAUGUAUUUUAAAAGCUUUACUCCCUUACCAUCGGGUUCCAUUAAUUUGAAUAAAACCCAUUACAGUUGUCAAAUGUUCACAAACACUUGAAGUACAUAUACAUGUUAAUAUUAUAUGAGGACCUGACUACCCAUUCUGAGCCGUCAUUCUUUAGUUCGUUAAUUCACAAUCUAUGUUAAAUGAAGAGGAUAUUCUAAGCUGAACCACAGAAAGAAAUGGUGUACAUAGUGUACUUGCACAACCAGAUUUCAGUAGCCAUUGCUGCGGUGGCGCAAGGCUCGUGGAAGGGUGGCACAGCACUCAUUACACGCCUCUUCGACCGAUAGGAUGUCGUGAUCUGCCAGACGCACGCCCGCAUCAAGCUGAAGAAUGCGCAUGCGAGUGCGGUGCCCCCACAGAUAGCGUCUAAUCGGAUUAGUCUGUAAACCUUUUUGCUCUCGGCAGUAUAAAAUGCGAUACAAAUGAUGCUGGACCUGAGAUGUGUAGUUGUCGUCACAGUAAAAAUAUUAAGCCUCGCAUGCUCAAAGUACAAGCACAUCGGUCUGUAUUUACCACUGGUGUUUUCAAAUACAUGUGCUUCUGUGUUGGCUGUAUAAUAUGAAGCAGUGUUCAUCUUGACAAGUACUAAAUAUGAAAAGACCAUCUCCAAAUUGUAUGGCUAAGAUCGUGCGGAUGGAAGCGAUUUCAGCUGGCGGCUAAAUUCAUGGCCCCCAGUUGCAGUGCAUUAUUGAAGGCUGUAUAACCGAGGGAUUUUUGCUUCAGCGUGAGCUUGCCAGACUCACAACACUGAAGCUUCCAUAAAUGCAGGCAUAUGAAUACACACUGGAAGAGGGUAAUUUCAGCCACAACUGCUCAAUGCAAAACUUCAUGCCUGUUGUAUGACUGACAAGCACAUUUUGAACCAGACUUGCAAGGCACACCCAGGGAAAACAGACUGACGGCCACAGUAGUGUAGUCCAGCGGUGAGGGUCAAAGAUCAUCUGCUCUUGACAUGUAGAUCACCUCUGACCCGCUACCAAUGGAAAUGUGUAAAAUAUAGCCAAGUCCCAAUUUGGCUAUGGCUGCCCCCUCAUACAUGAGCCAAUGGAACUGCCUGCUAACGGCUAAGUUCAUCUUCCAUAGGUACAUGCAGUACAGGCAGCCAUAGCUGAAUGGUUUGGAAGCACACUGUUAAUGGUAUUAAAAUCUUCAAGCAAACUAAAAUCCUCAAUUCUGAUUGGUCGAUCCAUGGCAACACAGUGUGACAUAUUACUGCAUGGACAGUCUGUAUCACAGCCCACAUACUGCACUGCCCUAUGUCCAUGUAUUGUGCUAUGUUACGCUUACAGCACUGUAAAUAAAUUAAAAUGUGGCGUUUGACUCCCAUGGUGUUUGUCACAUGUGUAAUAUACAUUUUAUCUUCACUGUGCGUCAUUUGUUUGAAGAUUCGUCGUCACGCUUGCCGAACACGGAAUAAUAUAGUGCGUCUGUGUGUCAUAUACCACAAGGGCAAACGCUGAGUGGUAUUUAAGACAUGCGACCUUAUUCCAUGUUCCACUCGCACUCGUGUGAUAACUAACCAAGGAAUGCUCCUUCUUACAAUAAUCCAUUUAGAAGGAGGCCGAGGAGACAGGCAACCAUGUAACUGUAAAUUGUGAUUUUUGUUCAACUUAAAAUAAACUCAUUUGUUGCAGUAUUAAAGUGUCAGCAAGGAAUUCAUUCAACUUCCCGAUAAAGUAAGUUCUCCGGGACACCCCUUUUGUUUUAUGAAUACAGUCGAACCUUGUUAACAAGAGCACUGUU